GGAGCAGGUAAGAAGUCAACACCCUGCCUGCCCAGGAGGAGACAGACAGACAGACAGACAGACAGACGAGCUGAAUGGGGCAGCGGGGCUCCACGCAACCCGAGGCCCGGGUCCUUCUGCUGGGUCUGGACAAUGCGGGCAAGUCCACCCUCCUGUACAAGAUGAAACACAACAGGUUAGUCGGCACCGUCCCCACCAUUGGCUUCAACGUGGAAAUGUUUGACGUGAAGAGGAAAAAGAAGAACUUUGCUCUGACCGUGUGGGACGUGGGCGGCCAGACGGAAAUGCGCCGCCACUGGCGGACUUUCCACCAGGACACGGUGGCCGUCGUCUUCGUGGUGGACGCCGCCGACCGGGGCAGGGCGGCCGAGGCCAAGCGGGAGCUGGAGAGCACUCUGACCAGCGAGCAGCUCCGCGGGCGUCCGCUGGCGGUUCUCGCCAACAAGCAGGACGUCGACGGCGCUAUGACCGUGACGGAAAUCAUAGACAACUUUAACCUGCGCAAGACUUGCGGCAACAGGGACUGGUUCGCCCAGCCGUGCUCCGCGUCCACGGGCUUCGGCCUGGAAGAGGCUCUCAAAAGGAUCGGCCACAUGAUCAAACCCCCGACGGAAUCGGCCCCCAACGUGAAGGAGAACAUUCGGGACACCGUGAAUUACAUCAAAUUUAAAUCCGUUAGGCGUUGAGGGUGCAUUUGGAAGGGAACGGACACGCGUGCCGUUUCCACAAUUUCAGCGGGCAAUCAUUCUCAUCGUGAGAACGCACAAGUCUUGUCAUUCAAAUAGGCCGACGACACUAAAAACGGACUGCAGAUUUGAAAUCUUAUUUGUAUCAAUGCAAUUAUGCUCACGGAUGGAACUUUUGUCUUUUUUCCUUCAUAGAGUUGUGAAGAAAAAAAAAAAACAAAUUCUAUUUAAUGACUGUAAAUAUUUGUGGCUCUAGAAUGGACAUGGCACACAACGUUGGAAGCAACUUAGUUUGAACUCUGGCAAUGUUUAAAAAAUAAUAAUGAUCACAACGACUAAACACAGAUAUUGGAAACUUAUAUUCAAUAUUUCAGUCGUGGAAUGCUUCUCCAAAGCCUGCAAGGUGAAUUAUGAACGGUGCUUGUGCAAUCAAUAAAAUGGCAAGUUACUACAUGACAUGCCUCGAGGGUUUAUACAGCACCGAAACAAAAGCUAUUACUGGUUUAUUCUGGAUCUGCCAUCAGGUAUUGGUGAAAUAUUCAUCAAGAUGAGCAGAAAGCCAUUCAAGUCAUCUUGCAGCAUCAA